CGCGCGUCUGGUAAAGGGGAGCGGCGUCACGCGCGUGCGCGUUCCGGGUGCGGCGGGGCCGCGCGCGAGGAGGCGGCCUGCUGCGUCCGGCCACCCCGGCUGACCGCUGUGGUCCAACGUCCGCAGCCAUGAGCCAGUUUGGCAGCCGCUUGGUGGGCGCCGCUGCCACACAGUCUCCUCCAGCGAAAGGCCGGAGCGAUGAAAACCUUGACAAAAUCGAUAUGUCUCUGGAUGAUAUCAUUAAAUUGAAUCGAAAGGAAGGAAAGAAGCAGACUUUCCCAAGACUAAAUAGAAGACUUCAGCAAAAUGGUGCUAGGCAAUUUAGAAUGAGAGUUCGGUGGGGUGUCCAGCAGAAUUCUGGUUUUGGUAAGAACACUCUAAGCCGGAGAGGAAGAGUAGUGCCAGGAAAGAGACGUCCUUACGGAGUUAUAACUGGUCUUGCGGCUAGAAAAGCAGCUGGGAUUCGGAAAGGGGUUAGUCCUAUGAAUCGGCCACCUCUGAGUGACAAGCUUUUUGUUUUCUGGAAGAAUAUAGAACAAUAUUUCCCAGUGUUAAAAAGGAAGGCAAAUCUUCUUAGACAAAAUGAAGUGCAGAGGAAACCAGUUACAGUUCUUAAGAGAUCUAACCAGCUAAAUAGAAAAAAUAACAUUCCAGCCAAUUUCACCAGAAGUGGAAAUAAAUUAAGUCAUCAGAAAGACAGUCGCCAGGCAACUUUUCUUUUCAGAAGAGGGCUGAAGGUUCAGGCCCAGGUGAACACAGAGCAGCUGAUGGAUGAUGUCGUAGCAAAGAGAGCUCGUCCAUGGCGGACUUCUACCACAAAUGGAGGAAUAUUGACUGUCUCCAUUGACAAUCCUGGAGCAGUGCAGUGCCCAGUAACUCAGAAGCCACGAUUAACUCGUACUGCUGUUCCCUCAUUCUUGACAAAACGGGAGCAAUCAGAUGUAAAGAAAGUUCCUAAAGGUGUUCCCCUACAAUUUGACAUAAAUAGUGUUGGAAAACAGACGGGGAUGACUCUGAAUGAGCGAUUUGGGAUCCUAAAGGAGCAGAGGGCCGCUCUCACGUUCAACAAAGGAGGAGGUCGCUUUGUAACCGUAGGAUAGACGCCAAGUCAAAGGGACUUCUUAGUGGUGACGCUGUUUUAAAAGUUGAAUUGCUUGGAGAGUUUAUCACAGAAAUUCAAGAAACUUUCUUUCAAAAUAUUCACAAGGCUAGAUGUUCUUAUUUUUGAAGUUUUUUUUUUUAUGUGUAUAAAUAACUCCCUGAAAGAAAACCAGGGAUUCUACCAACCUGUUCUAUAAGAUUUAAUUGUUUGCCUAGCCAGAACGAUUCUCCUUCUUUGGUACCUCAUGCAGCAGAAAGAGGAAAAGCUAGAAGUUGAUCAUUUUUAUGACAGUGGUCUUUAGAACCACAUUGCCCUAGCCCAGUCUUUACACUCUGCCAUGAUAAACCUUGGUCUUCAUAAAUACUAAGUUGGUCCCUUUGUUGCCGUCCUAUCAUUUACCUUUUUGUAGUGUUGAUGUAACAAAUGUAGUUAAUGUUUCAUUAGAGAUAUUAAAAUUAUUAGAACUACAGUUUGAAAGUUUUGAGAUUUAUUGGAAUAUGUAGGACUUGGCUCGUUUUGCAGAUGCUCUCAGGUGAAUUUGCUAGGGCUGUGAAUCUUUAGUGUUGAACUUUUAACAAGAAUUUUGGCCCCUUGCAUUAAGAUAGAAGUGAUAAAUGCCUGUUGACAAAGUUAUCUAAUAGGGCCUUGGAGAAAGUAUUUCAAGGUGUAGAAAUUACUCCUGCAGUGAGGUUAGUAAAUGAAACAAGCACAGUGUGAGGAGCAGGCUCAAGAUGGCACCCAGGAGCAGGCAUAGCGUUUUAGGCGAUUUGUAGUAUUAAGUCUAGUGUCCACUAAGAGUUUUUCAAAUGACAUUUACAAAAAUUAAAAUUCUUAAAAUGUAUCCCUUAGAUAUUUUGAUAGUGAAAUUAAUAUUCCCAGACUUCUUCCUUGUAAAGUUAAAAAGUCUGUAAGUUCUUAAGCUUGCUAUAUCAAACAGUAUAUAGCUUCAGAAAGAAAAAAAUAAAUCCUUAUAUAUGUGACAAAGAAAAAUGAAAGAUAAGAGUUACAUUGUAGCCUUGCUUUAUAAAGUUUAGACUAUAAUGGUGAGAAAACAGUCAUUCCCCCACCCCCAUCCACUCUGGAGGGGUAAGAGGAAUUAGUUUGCUCUGUCAACCUAGCGGUAAGACUUCUCUGAUGGUUAUAUACUAUAAAUUGUGAUGUAAUGCCAAAAAUGCAGCAGAAUAUUCCACCUACAAGUUAAAAUUUUGGUCAUUUUGAAGCUCAACCUGUUUGUUUUGCUAUAAUGAUAAAACUUGAAGUGUUAGUUUCUAUAGAGUCUAUUAUUAAUGUUGGUUUUUCCUGUAAACAAAACAAACUUAUUGUUCUUGUCUGCUAUCAUAUACUAGACUUCAUUGUUAUCUUGGGUUACUUGGUUUAUACUAGCUAUAAAUGCUAUCAAUAACAAUUUCAUGCUUAUACCAAAGAAUUAAAUCUGAUCCUUAAUAUCUAUCUGGUCUUUUGCCAGUAAGUUUACUGUUAAGAGAUGACUGGAAGCCAGUCAGUCACACAAUCUGAGAAUAGAUGAGGUCAAGGACUCACUGCAAACAGUCUUACAAGUACAAAUGCGCAGGCUUGACCCAUGAAGAAUGGCUUUUGGGCUGGUCUGAAAGUGCUGGAAAUCAACAGAGCAUGUGUUUACUGCCUUUAGAAGAGUUUAUGAAAAUGUGUUAUAAAGAUGGCUUUCUCCUCUCUCUCUCUCUCUCUCAACUUAAAAUAUUAUGCUGAGUUACUAUAAUGCAAUUUUUUGGAAAAUCUUAAAAGUCACCUCUAGUGUUGAUAUCAAGUGCAUCAAGCAACAGUGUCUUUAGUAUAUUAAACUUUUGCUCUUUCA